CCUUUCAUGUCCCCUCGGUACCCCGGAGGUCCCCGGCCACCUUUAAGAAUACCCAAUCAGGCACUCGGAGGUGUCCCAGGAAGUCAGCCAUUAUUGCCUAGUGGGAUGGACCCAACACGGCAGCAAGGGCAUCCAAACAUGGGUGGGCCAAUGCAGAGAAUGACUCCUCCAAGAGGAAUGGUUCCAUUAGGACCACAGAACUAUGGAGGUGCAAUGAGACCCCCACUGAAUGCUUUAGGUGGCCCGGGGAUGCCUGGAAUGAACAUGGGUCCUGGGGGUGGUAGACCUUGGCCAAAUCCAACCAAUGCCAAUUCUAUACCUUAUUCUUCAGCAUCUCCUGGCAACUAUGUAGGUCCUCCGGGAGGUGGAGGGCCACCAGGAACACCUAUCAUGCCUAGUCCUGCAGAUUCAACCAACUCUGGAGACAACAUGUACACUUUAAUGAAUGCAGUACCACCUGGACCCAACAGACCUAAUUUUCCAAUGGGGCCAGGGUCAGAUGGACCUAUGAGUGGACUGGGUGGAAUGGAUUCACAUCAUAUGAAUGGAUCUUUAGGCUCAGGAGACAUGGACAGUAUUUCCAAAAACUCUCCCAGUAAUAUGAGCAUGAGUAAUCAGCCUGGCACUCCCAGGGAUGACAGUGAGAUGGGUGGAAACUUCCUAAACCCUUUUCAGAGUGAGAGCUACUCCCCUAGCAUGACAAUGAGUGUGUGAUCCGUUAACAAGUCUCGCCAUGAAGACCACAGUGAGUUGGCCCUCUUCAGAGAGCUACUGCAGAAGAAAAUUACUCGUCCCAGUGUACAGUUUAACAAAAGGAUCUCAGACACAAUCAGACCCACCUUUUUUUUUUUUUUCCACCAUCUCCCCAUUUUGUCAAGACAGUGGGUCCCAAACAUGAUUGAGGCAACUGUAAAGAGUGGCGUAACAGAACUGCCCAAGAUGGAACUGCAAACAAAUAAUCUGUGUAUGUACAUGUGUGGGCUAAUGUAUGUGUAUGUGUGUGUGAUAUAGAAAUACACACAUACAUAUACAGACCCACAGCACAUUGUAAAAUACUUUCACAUGACAUCUUAAGUAGAAAUGAGAAGUAGGGACUUCUAUUCCAUCUUCUUUUUUUCCAUGUUUACAUUUUAAUUAUUAAAAUUUGCUUUCCCUCUCCCCUCCUGAACUAUUUUAUGUUGCUUAUAUCACUGCUCUAUAAGUUAUUUUUUAAGGUGAACUCAAAUGAUAAAUUCUUCUGAUUUUGUAAAUGUCUGCCAUUAUGGAUAGGAAUAAAAUUGGUUAUAAGAGCUUUCAUUAACUUGUGUUUGAUACCAGUUACCCUGUGAAUCACAAACUGUACUGUCUUAAGAAAUAGAAGAAAGCUCAUAUUAAUUUUUUGGAAUAAUUUUCACCUAGUUUGGUGAUUUUUUUUUUUAAUACUUUGCCUUUAAAAAAAAAAAAGCACUGAAGGUUAUUUUUCUUCUUUAAUUGAAGCCUAAUAUCUGCAAUAUCUAUUUUAAAUGUAAGCCUAAAUUUGAUACAAGCUUCUCAGCUUAUAUAGAUUACUAUAAGGUUACUGUAAG